AUGAAAAGGAAGGAAAAAAAAAACAAAAUAAUACUUGAUAAAAAUAAAACGAAAACAAAUGAUGAUAAUGACCAUAUGAAAGAAGAGCCGGACGACAUUGACGAUUCCAAUGAUCCUGUUGAUGAAUUAUUGAAAGACUGGUUGCUGUUCAUAAUUGAUGAGAAUACAAUAAAAAUUGUUGAUGUUGAACAAAAAUUAGAUAAACAUAAACAUAAAAGAAUAAAACUUAAUCAAGAAUUCAAAAGAAACAAGGAAGAAAUUCAGAAUCAAAAUAAUAAAUUAAUAUCUGAAAUAUGGAAAAAAGUCAAUAAUAAUUCAGCUGUUAAUUUAAAAUUAUUAUCAUUAAGUUUUACAUUAUAA